GAACCAGAGAAAGGGAAGAAGGUGGGGCCCAUCCGCCGCCCCCGAGAACGCAGGAUCUUACCCGAACCAAAACAAGUUUGGACUUUGUAUCUAUACCUCAUGAAUCUAACCCUAACUCACACUCUAGUUUUUAUGCGAGAAGCUCCUCCUCCGACUUCUCUCUUUUUCCAUACAAUUCCACUCCAACAACAUCCCAAACGCCACCGUGGACACGAAUGCGUUCGAAGGUCCACUGAGAGAGAGGAAAUCCGUAAGAGCGCUCGCGUGGUGCCUGCGAGACCUCGCGAGAUCAGUAAUUAUUCAAUUUCUUUUCAACUCUCUCUCUCUCUCACCCCACUUGAAGCUCCUACUGGAGUUCAUCGCGAGAAAGAGAGACAACCAGAGACUAGCUUGUCAUAAAUACCAAUACUUGUUUCCUUUAGAAGUAGCGUCAGUUUUGCCCUGAUCAAUUUGGUAGUCCCAGUCUGAUUUUGUUUAUUGCAGUAUAGAAUUGGAUAAUUUUUUCUGUGACAAGGCAAAGCAGUAAGGCCAUCAAUAUCAAAAGAUUAGGAAUGGAUCCAAUGGCAGGACAUGGGCACUCUCUUCCUCCACCAUUCCAUCUACACCAGCAAUCGCAGCAUGAGCAUCAAUUUCAGACUCUGCAGCAAAACACAGAAGAUGAACAAAGCGGAAGCAGCAGUGGCCUAAACCUCUCCCACAAGAGAGAGCGAGAAGAAAGCAGCCACAACAACAACAACGAUCAAGGGAACAUGAACGGCGAGGGUGGAGAAAUCACGAGAAGGCCCCGAGGUAGACCGGCGGGAUCCAAGAACAAACCCAAACCACCCAUCAUCAUAACCCGAGACAGUGCAAAUGCCCUGAGAACCCACGUCAUGGAGGUAGGGGACGGGUGCGAUAUCAUGGAGAGCGUGUCUAACUUCGCCAGGCGACGCCAGAGAGGGGUUUGUAUCAUGAGCGGAACCGGCACCGUCACCAAUGUCACUCUGAGGCAACCCGCUUCUUCGAGUGCCGUCGUUACACUUCACGGAAGGUUCGAGAUCUUGUCGCUCGCAGGAUCCUUCUUGCCGCCACCGGCUCCUCCGGCCGCUUCCGGUUUGACCAUAUAUUUGGCUGGCGGACAAGGUCAGGUGGUCGGUGGGACGGUAGUCGGGACUCUUACGGCUUCCGGGUCGGUGGUGAUUAUGGCGGCGUCGUUUAGCAACGCCGCCUACGAGAGGCUUCCGCUGGAGGAAGAAGACCCUACGGCAGCGCUUCAAGGGCAAGGAAUUGGGUCACCAACAGGUGGAGUUAGUCAGCAACAGCUAUUAGGGGACGCGGCAGGUCCACUCAUGCAUGCUUUGCCUCCUCAUCUUCUUAAUUCUAUGCAGAUGCCAUCUGAUCAGCCUUUCUGGGCUACCGCUCGUCCUCCAUUCGGAUGAACCAUCGUAACUUCUCUCAACCUGUUAGAAUCGUCAGACGUAGGAGCCUACCACACUUGAGCUAGCUUAAUGAAUUGGUACGCUUCUCUUAGGAUUUGUAUGUCAUUUAGCUUAUCGAUUAAUUACACGAUCAUAUAUGUUCACUUGGCUUUUGAUGGUCCUUUGGUCAGUUUGAUUUUACGGAAAUAAGCGGUACGUACUUGUGGUUCUAGAAAAAGUUGUAGGAGAGUAAUUAGUGAUGGUUGUAGCAGCAGUAAGAUAACUGGAGAAUUAUUGAUGAAGACGAAGAGAAAGAUGCGUACCUAAUAGUGAUUGAAGUUGGCCCGAGCUACUUCUCUCUAUUUCUGUUGUUCCUUCAUAUAGUGAAUGAAGUGUUUUGUAAACUGACUAUUAUGGCUGUGGCUUCGCAUUAUUCAUUGGUUCCAUCUUCUUCUCAUUUUUA